CAGUCCCCGUUUUCGUCCAGCCAGUGCCGAUGUAUGACGGCACUGCCGAUCGCUACGACCAUGACCACCGGCACCAAAUCAUUGCGGAAAAGACGCACGACCUGUCGAUUCACCUGGAGGAUCGCGCCUAUGGCGCUACGACGGUGCUGACUCUGGCGUUUCUGCUGUCCAUUUCAUCGCCAGUGGAAAGGCUUGUUUUGCGAAUACCCGAGGACUACCAAAUGGUCAAAGUUGGCUCGGCUGAGCUGCAAGAUGCAGAUGACCAAACCUGUCCACUGAUUGACCUGCAAGAAUCCCCCAGCAUGAAAUUCCAGCCAGACGGAGGGAACAAGCCGGGAAAUGGGCAAGCAGCUUCUGGGUCAUCUGACGCUGCUCAACAACAAUCUGCAAGUACUGAGAUGAACGAUCGCGUGCUGCGCUACCUGCCCGCCGCAAAAGUUUCGUUUUCCGAAUGUGUGAAGCGAAAAAACGCAAACCUGUUUGACAUCUCCUUUUCCAAAAACGAUCUCCUCUGCCCGUUUCAGCCAGAAGUGACGAACGUGCACUGCAGCGAGCCGGGACGCGGCGCCGUACACGCAAAAGUAGAAGAGGCGAAGCAAGGCACUGGGCACGUAGAGCUGCGACAGCAAUACGCACUCCAGCUGCUUGUCCAUUUGCCCGACCGCAAGCAGUUUUCUUUGAAUGACUUCCGUUUGACAGCAGUGAGCACUAUGCCGAGUACCAAGCAUCUAGGCACUGAAAAAGAUGACGUGCCCGAGGGGAACGCGGAGGACGUAGCAACUGGAAAAGCGGUGCCAGGUAUGCAUAUGCACGAGGUGACGGUCACGAUUCAUGCAGAUGGGCCAGCUUUGAAACAGCGAACAGCAACCCGAUCGGAGGAGCUCGAUUUCGCGCAGAGGGAAAAGGAAAGGACUGAAUGCACCUACUCCCAAUGGGUCGACUGGAACUGCAACACGGAGUGCGGUGGGGGCGUUCGGUUGCGCACACGACGAAUGCUCCUCAAAGGCUGUGCUGAACCAGAACCCGUGACAGAAUUCAUCCCUUGCAACACGUUCCCUUGCGAAGCGAAUUUGCAGUGCCAAAUCAGCCCAUUUGCGGCUAACGAGCCGCCGUUAUGCUCGUCUACCUGCUGCGGCGGUCAGCGAAGCUACCGGGAUGGUAUGUACGGGGGGCACUGUCCGGACUACAUGGAUUUUGGAGUAGAGUUAUCACAGGGAAUAAAAGUGCUAAAUGUUCUUAACGGACUUUCGCAUGCUGGAAUACACGAGAAAUGAUGCGCCGCAGGUUUGUAUUUUUGCAUAGCAUGUAUCAUGAUACUGAUCAUACAGAUAGAUAGCGAACAUUAGUCAUGGAUGAUUGCAAGAGUGUGAUGAAUAAGAAUGCCUCAACACGAACCGCGUUAACGUUAAGCACUUCUUUUUUGUCUGAUAAGAGCGUCAUGAGCCGUGCGUAACACAAGAGGAGGAGCAGGAGGGCAAAGCAAUCAGCCAGGGCGUUGAUGCGCCGGAAAAGUCAGCGGCAGCACGGACAGAUUCUUCAGCAAGUUCACCUUCAAGCGUCUCUGGUAGCACCCGCAACGAGGAACAAGCGCAGGAGAAUUCCAGAAACGACCCCAUGCUCCACAACAUUGAUCCACCGCAAGGGAGUAUCGCAAGAAAAAAACUGUCUCGGUCCUCUCAAACCGUUGCAGGCUCAGCAACGGAAAUUUGCUCAGCAUGACCUGGCAAGCCUGCGAUGCGUCAGACGCAAGGGAAAACACAUAUGGAAGACGAUAGUCUUGCAUGUCGAGCAUGACAAAAGACGGUCUCAAGCUGCUCCAAAAUGCGCAUUACAGGUUGCGGCCGAGAUGACAGGAGUUUUUUCUCACGAUAUAGAGUACGAGUACCCAGUGGCGCGGGUACCAAGCGGACUGCGAGUACGAAGUCGACGAGGAUGGGAAUGAGGUAUGGACGCCUACGGGGGAGUGCUCCGAAUUCUGCGGACAGGGGCUGGAGCAUUUCCUUCGAAUGACCACGAACAAGCGGUUUUCGCAGGACUGCCCGAUCCCGCAGAAGUAUGAGUCCUGCAUCGGAGUUGCUAGCACCAUGCUCGGCGAAACUACCUGUCGACCGUUCAUGUUACUUCUGCGGCGCCCGGGCGAGAUGCAGUACUUGUACGAACUCGAAAUGGACGCUAUGAACUUUCUAGCCCAAGAACAGGAGACGAUCGCUUCGAACAAGAAAGACAAAUCUGCUGCCGGAGGACAAGACACAUCAACAUCUUCUGGAGGCAAGACCACAUCCACGGAAACCUCCGACAGUAGAAACCCAGUGGCCCUUACCGGAUCCGUGUUUGAAGUUACUCUGAUCUUUCAACCGAAAUAUCAAAUGCAAAAAUCAAAAUGUCUAGUUCUGUAAGAUUUAGAUUGCUAGGUUUGUCAUGUAGGUUUUCCAGCAUGACCCGCGCGGUGGCGGUCGCGGUCUGGCAUGCACGGCCUAGCAUGACAGAUUCUGCGAGAUCUCUGUCAUGCCUUUCCUGCAUGAGAAAUUGCCUCUAAACUUGUUCAAAAGUGGACAACUUUUGGUUAUCUUGCAACACAAAUUUUUUCACGAUCCAGAUGUUUGAUGUAGCAUGACAAGUUACACUCUUCCAGACCCAGACAUAUUUGCAAUGCAUACGAAGUCUUCCGGCACCAUGCUAGAGGUCACUGCGCCUCCGGGGUACUCGUUCCUCCCUGAUGCAGGUACCAAGGCGGAGAGUCAACUGAUCGCGGCUGGGGAAGCGGGCGUGCCCUGUCCAGAGUCCUUGAUUCGGGAUUCGAGCUUGCCCAUGUUAAAGUCUUACGUCGAAAACCCAUGCACCGUGACACUGACAAGUACUACAGGCGAGGAGUCCGCCUCGAUGAUGGAACAACAAGAACCGUCCGCAUCUCUUCAGGUUCAGGUUGCGAAAACCACCGCCGGUGAUGAAAUCGAGCAGACCUUGGAAAAAUCGUCACAGUCGAGCAGAUAUCCUGUGCAAGAGUAUCGCACUCGUAUAAAUGCAUUACCAAUUAUUUUCUCAGCAUGAGAAAUAAAAUUUGUAAAUGCGGAUUUGCCUAACGAAAAAGAUUUGUAAUGCAUGACUGCAAUUACCACGAGUGCGAUACUUUUGCAGUUCAUAGCAGACCUCAGCAGCGCGCGAGUGACGGUGACAAACAGUCGGCCGCCAAAGGAGGACUUCUGCCAGAUGGCACUGCGGAUCGUGACGGGGCAGCGCCGGUGGGAGGGGUAAAAAGCAAUAAAGAGACUGGCACUAAAUCGAAAUCCGACAGCACGGCGAAGCCGAGCGCCAAACCACCGCAGAAGAGUCAAACCAUCCGACUGGACCUGCACGACGUGGUGACCCCGAAAAGACCUCCGCGAAGCGUGUGCUGGCUUGCGCGGGGGAGCGAGUCCGAGUGGUAUGAGGAGAACAAAAACUCCAAGCUUUGUCUGAUUAGACACCCCCGCACGUACUACUUGACCGUCGCGGUGGCAGCGCCGACGAGCUUGUGCAACGGCAGCUUCGAGCGUGUUGAAGUCGGGUUUGACCUCUCGGAACUCCGUUGCAAAGAGGACCCGGGGUUCUGGAGCUACACCGUGAAGGGCCGAAAGACCGCGACUAUGGCGCGGACGCGGGCUAUGGGAGUGUCAGGAUUGAAAUCGGCAAAGUUGAAAUAAGAAGAACUUGUAAUGCAUGCAAUCGAUACCAGUUGGAAGCCUAACUGCCAAGCGGCGCAUGACAAACUUCGACACCGUCCAAAUCCAGUUUGUCAUGUUGUUUAGGGACAGAAGGCGUCCUCUGUCAUGCUACUUUAGCAGCUGCAUCGCAGACCCCAAACAGGCUGACGGUCGACCUCACUUGCCAUCCCUGCAAGAGAGGCACUUCAUGCCUUGCAGUUUAUGCAUGAGAAAUUAUUUCAACUUUGACGAUUUCAAUCCUGACGGUUCCAUACGGGCCCACUCGAGGGUGAUGAAGGCGCGCUCCGCUAUGGCGCUCUCAACUGUUACAUUCUCAGCUGUUACAUGAAUUUGUCAUCCAAAAACAGCAAUAGGGAAAGGGGCAAGCUUGCAAGUCUUGCAUCACCAAUCUGGCACGGAUUUAGAUGCUGUUUAGCCCUUCGACAAUUUGUCAUGCGAAGCAGCGUGAUUAUCUUGCGGCCCCUGGUCAUUUUGCAUGACAAAUCAUGUAACAGUUGAGAGUGUAACGCUUGGGAACGCCAUAUCCGUGGUGGACAGCUUGGACACCGACAGCUUUGUCACCGCGGGAAAGGUUUCCUGUGGCGUCUCGCGACCCUGUCCGGUGGAGAAACCCUAUUGCCGGGCGGAGUUCGACGGGGUUUGCACCGCAGAGUCGGAGUUUUUCGGGAUCCCGUUGCAGAGAAUGGACCGCGGAGCCGCGGAAGAUCCUGGGGAGGUUGUGAAGGCAGAGGUGUAG